GCGGCGGCGGCGGCCAUGGCGGCGCUGCGGGGCGGCGGUGCGGGGCCGCGCGGGGCCGAGGCGGCGGCGGCGGCGGCGGCGGGCGGCGGCGCCGGGGCCGGGGCCGGGGCCGGGCCGGGGGGCGCGGCGGGGGGCGGCGAGGCGGGCCCGGCCUACGGCAACGGCGUGGGGGCGGCGGCGGGGCAGGAGGAGGCGGCGGGGCCCGGCGAGCCCCGCGGGGGGAGGGGCGGGCGCGGAGCGGCGGGGGGAGGGGGCGCGGGGGGGGGCAGGGAGGGGGGCGCGGGGGGAGGGGGCGGCGCGGGGGGCGCGGGGGGAGCCGGGCCCGGGGGAACCGCCGGAGCCGCCGCCGCCGCCCCGCACCCGCCGCACGAAGCCGCCGAGGAGUUGGAGGAGGAGGCGGGGCUGGGGGAGGGGGACCCGGGGGACUCCGCCAUCGAGGACCCGGAGCUGGAGGCCAUCAAGGCCCGGGUGCGGGAGAUGGAGGAAGAGGCGGAAAAGCUCAAAGAGCUCCAGAACGAAGUGGAGAAACAAAUGAACAUGAGCCCCCCCCCGGGCAACGCCGGCCCGGUCAUCAUGUCCUUGGAGGAGAAGAUGGAGGCGGACGCUCGCUCCAUCUACGUGGGCAACGUGGACUAUGGGGCGACGGCGGAGGAGCUGGAGGCCCAUUUCCACGGCUGCGGCUCCGUCAACCGCGUCACCAUCCUGUGCGACAAGUACAGCGGCCACCCCAAGGGCUUCGCCUACAUCGAGUUCUCCGACAAGGAGUCGGUGCGGACGUCGAUGGCGCUUGACGAGUCCCUCUUCCGUGGGCGGCAGAUCAAGGUCAUCCCCAAACGCACCAACCGACCCGGCAUCAGCACGACGGACCGGGGCUUCCCCCGGGCCCGGUACCGGGGCCGCGGCGGCGGCUACAGCGCGACCCGCGCCCGCUUCUACAGCGGCUACAGCCGCCCGCGCGGGCGGGCCUACAGGGGCCGCGCAAGAGCCACCUCAUGGUACUCCCCGUAUUAGGGGGGGCCCCCCCCGAAACGCCGCCGCCGGACGCCGCCGCGGGGGGGGGGAGGGGCGGCCGCCCCGCGGGGCCCCUCCCCCCCGCGUCCCCUCCCCCCGCAUCCCCCCCUCCCCCCCCUCCCCCUCCCCCCCCAGCCUUUGAGUGUGUUUAUCGUUGCAGGUGGCGCCGCCGGAGGGGCCGGGCGGGGCCGGACGUCGCCGGG